GCAGUAGCGCACCGCGCUGACGGGGGUGGCGAGGCGGUCCCUUCGAGCGUGUUAGUUCGCUCCCUGAAGAGAGUGAGGACGGUUGCGCUCCCGCGGUCUCGUGCGUUCGCUGAAUUUUCUUUUCAGGGAGAUGCCCUUUGCUUCUUGGAUGUAAUGCACUUUAUGUUUAUUAUUCAUCAGUGAAAAUGAGUCAUACAGAGGUUAAAUUAAAAAUACCUUUUGGAAAUAAAUUACUGGAUGCCGUUUGUUUGGUACCUAACAAGAACAUAGCAUAUGGAAUAAUUCUUACACAUGGAGCAUCAGGAGAUAUGAAUCUUCCUCAUUUGAUGUCACUGGCAUCCCAUCUUGCAUCUCAUGGGUUUUUCUGCCUAAGAUUUACUUGCAAAGGCCUUAAUAUUGUACACAGGAUUAAGGCAUAUAAAGCAGUUUUGAAUUACCUAAAGACCUCAGGAGAAUACAAACUUGCUGGUGUUUUUCUUGGAGGCCGUUCAAUGGGCUCGAGAGCAGCUGCUUCUGUAAUGUGUCACAAUGAGCCAGAUGACACUGAUGAUUUUGUUCGAGGUCUCAUUUGUAUUUCUUACCCACUGCACCAUCCAAAGCAGCAACAGAAACUCAGAGACGAAGAUCUCUUUCGUAUAAAGGAUCCUGUACUAUUUGUGUCCGGCUCAGCAGAUGAAAUGUGUGAAAAGAACUUGUUGGAGAAAGUGGCACAGAAAAUGCAAGCUCCCAGUAAAAUCCAUUGGAUUGAAAAGGCAAAUCAUUCUAUGGCAGUGAAAGGACGGUCAACAAAUGAUGUUUUCAAGGAAAUAAAUACACAGAUCUUGUUUUGGAUCCAAGAAAUCACUGAAAUGGACAAGAAAUAAUUGUCAUUAAAAGCCAUGUUAUUUUGAAUAAAAGUACGGUUAAUUUGAUAAAGAACAAUAUACCUCUCAGCAUUGUGAGAUGUAUUUCAGACUAAUGUUCUUUAAUGUUGCCCUAUUUUUGAAACAUGGUAUUGUGAAAAUAUCCUUUACAAGAUGUCUUUUGAAAGCACUGUUAUAGUUAUAUGAAGAGAAUGUACAAAUAUUGAAGUUGUCUAUAAUUUAUUUUCAUUAGUAUAGGUAAGUUUUGAAAAAUUAAACAUUUGCAUUUUGUUACAA